GGGAUUGUUGACUUCACGAGUGGCGAACAGUGCCGCGAAGCCUCUCUUCCCCAUCAUCUCGUUCUUAGCAUAACCGAAGGAAGAACCGAGACCCCGACAUCGCAGAACCUUGUCAAAAUCGAAUAACACUGUCAUGUUCCAGGGCCCAGAGUGGGCUGGUGGUCCACCCCUGAGGAAGUGUCUGCGGUCGGGUCAGGCUGAUCCUGCCACCCCUCCCUCUGCCACAUCCACCCACGGUUCUCUGUAGCCCAGCUCUCCACCACCUCCUCCCCAGGCUCAGGCUGUCUACCCAGGGGUAGAGAUCAUGUCAGUGCCCUCGACCCAGGAGUACCACUGGCAGAGCCUGGCAAGGCUCCCCAGCGGGCGUGUCUACCACUCCCUGGUGGAGGUGGGGGCCCAUAUGUACAUGCUGGGGGGGUGUGAUGCAGCGGGGAGGCCCUCCCCUGCUCUGGAACUCUACUCCCCAGAGGGUGACCGCUGGAUGAGCCUGCCCCCCAUGCCGACCCCCCGCGCGGGCGCGGCCGUGGCUGUGCUGGGUAAGCAGGUGCUGGUGGUGGGGGGUGUGGGGGAAAACCAGUGCCCCCUGAAGGUGGUGGAAGUGUACAACACAGAUGAGGGCAGGUGGAGGAAGAGGAGUGGUCUGAGAGAGGCCCUGAUGGGUGUGGCCAUCGUCGUGAAAGAUGGGCGAACCCUGGCCGUGGGGGGCAUGGGGCCAGAUCUGCUCCCCCGCAACAUCCUGCAGCAGUAUGAUCUGAGGAAGGACAUGUGGGCACUACUGCCCUCUAUGCCGACUCCUCGGUACGACGCCACAGCCCACCUAAUAGGCAACAAGAUCUACGUGGCAGGUGGACGUCAGUGUAAGCGCUCAGUAAAGGCCUUUGAGUUAUUUGACUCUGAAACACGUUCCUGGACUACUCUUCCCAACAUGCCAUGCAAGCGUGCCUACUCAGGUGUGGUCUGGGACAGCAUGGGCCGGCUGUCUCUGCUGGGGGGGCUACGGCAAGGAGGUGGGCACCACAGAUCCAAGUUUACUAAGAACAUCAACAUCUUCGACACCAACCAGGGAGUGUGGUUGAAGUCUGAGGAGACGGUGCCUAUGAAGACUAAGAGGGCUGACUUUGCCGCCGCGGUGCUUCGCGGCAGGAUGGUGGUAGCUGGAGGACUAGGUCAUGAGCCAUUAGUGUUAGACACAGUGGAGGCCUUCCACCCUCAGAAGAAGAAGUGGGAGAAGCUGGCGCCCAUGGCAACACCAAGAUGCUCCGCCUCCUCGAUUGUCAUUAGGGACCGCCUCCUUGUGGUGGGAGGGGUCAACCAGGUGCUUUUAUCAAUCUGGCUAUCGAUAUUUUUGUCCAUUUAUCUAUCUAGAAGCCUAUAUCUAACCUAAGGUCUGUCGGUCAGGUCCCCAGCUCCGCCCACGAGAUCCUGUAUGUGAGAGAAGAGGAGUGUCUGUAGGAAGAGGAAUCUGAGACCUGCUCACUGGCUGGAAGGAUUCUUGGCUGCAAUCAACGAUUCUAGUUCUGCCAUUACUGUAGUUUGACAUCGUUUGAACUGGCAAUAUACACCCAAAGAUAUGGUUUGUUUCUGAAGAAAGAAAGGAGCAGUAUUGAGACCGUAAGGAGGGAGGACAGGGAGAGGCGGGUGGAGGAGGAAUGGAUGGCGGUACAUGAUGUAACACUGUACCGCCCUCUGGUGGGGAACACACUGCACUCCAUACAGAUUUGCUCACACAUACAGACACAUACGUCAAAUGAGCUGGUUCUCGCUGUAAAUAUUUAUGAAGAGUUUUAGUAAGAAUAAGUCCUCUGUACUACUGGUCUCCUCCCAUUUGGAGUGCACAACAGGUAGUCGACAUUUUGUAACUUUUGCAUCUAUUGUUAUAGACUUGCCUCUUGCAUUACAUGUUUUAAAUAGAAAAUGUAGACAAGCUCUUUUAGGAAAGGCUGGGAUAAGGGAUGCAUUUUUCUAAUUGUUCUGUUAAUGCGCACACAAUGAUAUCAAAGGUGUAGUUGCAAUAUUGUCUGUUUUAAGCUGAGCAUGUAGACAGAUUGUGAAGUCACCUCUGCAUUUCUUAAGGGGUGUCACUGUUGAAAAUGUGCACAUUUUAUCUUCUGCCAGAUCUAUAAACUAUUCCAAGAGAAUGCAACUGCUCUAGUCAUUAAAACAACUGUAGACAUAGACUAUGGCUCAAAGACUAUGGCUCAAAUCACAACAACAUCUAAACCAAAUUUGCCAGACUGCAUCCACAAUGAUAACAUGUACACUGGCAUUACACUGAGAAUACUCUAGUUUGACAUGAAUCAUCUGUUAAUACAUAAUAUGUAUAUGGUGUAAAUGCUAAUCGUGGUUUGUUAAGUGUUUCUAUCAGGUUGUUCGAGGAUGAGAAACUGUAGCUCUGUUCAACAGUAACCUUUUUACCCUCUGUAGUUACUUUAAUCCUACUUGUAUUUGCAAAUCUGCAAUACUUUUUGUUCACUGCAACAAAACCAAUGCAGUAGUCUGGUUGGUAGUAUUUUGCUAACUAUGAUUGUGGAAUAGAUUUUUGUAAUUGAACCAGGUCUGAAUUUAUGCAUCCAUGAAAAAAGCAAUAGACCAUGUGUUCUAAUUAUCACUCAUGGUCCUCCAUUAGUGCACUACUGAUAAUGUCAUGAAAUAGUUUCAUUCUCAGGAUGUAAUUAAAAGCACAAAUAAUAAAUACA